UUGGCUUAUGUAAAAUCCUGGAGAAUCUUUGGCCCCUGUAAAUAGUGGUCACUUGCGAUGGUCUUUUAUAUAGUUGCAUUUUAGACACCAUUUUAAACAAUAAAUGUCAACACAAAAACAUUAGUUUUUUAACUGUACAAUUUGAUUACAGAGUUUACAGUUUGUAGUUAAUAGAAUUAGAUUAGAGAAAAUAAUAUUACUAUUCUUACUAGCUUCAUAAUGAGUACAAUCUUUCUUUUAGCAGUAUUAUUUGUACAAGUUUACUGUGAUACUAACUUUAAUAACAUUAAUUUACCUGAAGACCAUCUAGCCUACUACUUCCGAAACUUUCCAAAGGUAGCUGACCAAUGUUCCCGAAGCAACAGUUGUUCGUUUAAGAAGUAUUUAGAUAAGGACGUUUGUUGGGGAUACGAGUACGAUUGUGACUGGAGCAAACAGUAUUUAAAACCAUAUUGUCCAGGGGAUCAUAAGGGUUGGGUGAAAACGAAACAUGCUCAAGAGACUACAUUUCAUGCCCAAGCUGAUUUUGGCUAUGUUAAGCAACAAUUGCGAGAAAUGAAGUUGGUUUGUGAACCGCUCUUCCAAGACGAUAGUUCUUUGGAAUGUUCUGAACAUCUGCGUUUCUGUAGAGGCAGAAAUUUAAUGAUAAAUUUUACGAAGUUAGCGAAUAGGGAAGAACCAAUUAGGUAUAAGAUGGAUGUUUUGGGUGAAGGUGAUAUCGGGGGUUACUGUAAUUUGAGGCAAGAUUGGUUGGACGAACAGGCUGAUCAGAUUAGCCCGUUGCAGAGUUGGGGACCUGAGUUACGGUAUUUUAAACAGUUGGACCGUAGACCAAUUAUCGAAGGAGACUGUGAUGUAGUUAUAGACAAGCCAACUUUUAUUUUAAAAAUAGAUGCAAUAAAUAUGUAUCACCACUUCUGUGAUUUCUUCAAUUUGUAUGCUUCCUUGCAUUUAAACGCUACACAAGAGGAUGCAUUUUCCACAAACGUCCAUAUCUUGAUAUGGGAGAGCUUUACAUACAGAUCAGCUUUUCAAGAUACUUGGGACGCAUUCACAGAUCACCAGUUAUGGGAUUUAAAAACAUUCAAAGGUAAAACGGUCUGUUUUAAGAAUGUUGUAUUCCCUCUUCUACCAAGGAUGAUUUAUGGUCUGUAUUAUAACACCCCUAUCAUUUAUGGCUGUGAAAAGAGUGGACUAGUUGAUGCUUUUUCUAAGCAUGUUUUACAUAGGUUAAGAAUACCUGAGUAUACAAGGACCAACAAAAAAAUUCGUAUUACAUUUUUAUCAAGAGAAACAAAAUUUAGAAGAAUUUUAAACGAGAGGGAACUAGUAGAUGCCUUACAACAAGACGAAAAUUAUGAUGUUCAGUUAGUAGUGUUUAGCAGAGACGUGCCUUUUAAGAAGCAGUUGGAGAUUGCUAGGAAUUCGGACGUCUUUGUGGGAAUCCAUGGGGCUGGUUUGACCCAUUUGCUGUUUCUGCCAGAGUGGGCCGCUGUAUUUGAGGUAUAUAAUUGUCAGGACAGUAAUUGUUAUUUUGAUUUGGCUCGAUUGAAAGGUGUUAAGUACCUCACUUGGGAGGACACUAAUAAAUUGACUAGUAUAACUGAGGGUUCUUAUUCCGGAGGUUCGCCUGCAAAGUUUGUUAAUUACAAAAUGGAUACGACAGAAUUUGUCAGGAUUGUAAAUAAAGCUGCUGAACAUGUUAGAAGUCAUCCAAAGUUUCAGGAGCACCUCGAGCAUAGCCCAGCAGAUACAGAAGAUCUCUCAAAUGUUACAGAUACAGACAGACUUCACGAAGAACUUUAACAUAAGGUUCACCCAGCUGUUCAACUUGUUCCUGAAGACUUUUAACCUCAGAUUCUUCAUUUCAAUGAACGUCUUCAUGAGCAAGUUAGAGUUUAAUCUUCGCGACAUUCAACAACUACAUAAUUUGUGACGUAUUGCAACUUCUCUUUCCUUUUAUCAGCUUAUUCAUGAGAAUCUUUAACUUCAAGUCAGCUCACUAGGCAACUUUUCUACUAAGAAUAAUAACUUCAUAUUUAUCUGACAGUUGAAUGUCUACUCGUACAUGCACGAUUUAUGCCUGGUUGCACCAACAGAUCUUAGGCUCCAGCUUAGCCCAGCUCAGCUUAUACUUUAAUGGUGGGGCCACACUAGCGUCUAAUACCGUUAAUUAUUUGCAUUGUAAAUAUGUCAAAUAAUGCGAUAAUUAACGGCAUUAGGCGCUAGUGUGGCCCUAUCAUAAGGAUUUACAUUUAUAUUUAAGCUUAAGGUAAGUCUUAAGCUUAAUAUCUGUUGGUGCAACCAGGCAUUAAACUUGAUUUUCAUAUUUCUUAUUGUUUUGACAAAGUUUAUGACGAACUGGAAGAAUUUAUCUUCAAGUUCAGCACAUCUUAUAGUCUCCAGUGCACCAUCCUUUUUUGAAAGUGAUUACAAAAGUCUUAAAAAUGGUUUUAACUGCUUCAUUUGAGCGAGUCAACCACUUUCUGAAAAUUUUCAGAGUGCAGGUUGGACGCUUUUACGCAAGCACAACACAUAAAGGACAUCGCACACAUCUUAUGGAAAAUACAAUGUCACUCAAAUGAAAUAAAAUUUACAUGAAUAGAUGCGUCCUGAAAUUUCAAUAAUUUGAUACCAUUGCGCCAACUCUGUAUUUUGAUUAACGUAAAUUGAUAAAUCUAAAAUCGAAUAGGAAUUGUGGAAAUAGGAAAAGUGUGUCAAAGAGAGAAAAAAGAUCUUGUGAUUCGCUUACUCCAUAAAUCUUUCUCGAGGGAUUAAGGCAGAGGCUUACUCUUAUCUUUUCCUAUUAUUAUUGAUAAUAAAGUAGGUAUAAUUUGGUUAAUUGUACCGCCUCUAAUCGGCUUAAGCUAGUGGUGAAUAGACUGUAUUCAAUAGCUUCUAGACUAAUAUUAUUUAUGAAUGCCAGUUUUAUGGACUUCAAAAUGCGAUUUCGAUAAACUAAUUACAAUUAACGCACUAAUUAAGCAAAAUUCAGAGUAGGCGCAAUGAUAUAAAAAUUAUUGAAAUUUCAGGACGCAUCUAUUCAUGUAAAUUUUAUUUCAUCUGAGUGACAUUAUAUUUUCCAUAAGAUGUGUGCGGUGUCCUUUGCAGCUCUAGCGUGGUUAUGUUUUGUUAUUGCAAAACUAUAAUUUUUAAUUUUAACAAAAGAUUACACGUUAAAAUAAAAUAAAUUAUUUUUGUCGGACAAUAAAGAGGCAGCGAUCGUAGAGUCCGACACCUGCAAGAUGUCACUCUAGCGCGGUAAAGUUUUGUUAUUACUUUAAUUAAUCUUUUGUAAUUAUUUAUAUGUACUUUUAAUUAAAAGAGUUUUGUAAGAACAAACAAAACUCUACCGCAUACCGCGCUAGAGUGACAUCUUGCAGUGCGCUUAUUCUUGAAUCGGGAGAAAAUUUUACUCACCACUAAGCUAACUCGCUUUUCUACUCCUUCAUAAUUUCUCUCGAUUUUUAAAAAGCUGUAUUCUUGAUAGGGGGAGUAGAAAGCGAGAAGAGAAACUGCGAACAGUGUUGCCGGCUGUUUAUCGAAAGUUUCAACCAAUCACAAGAGUUAAUUCUUGGCAAAUGACAUGGACAUGAUACCGUCAGUGACCAAGGUUAAUAGAUUAUUGCAUAAUAGACUAUCUAUGAACCUUGGUCAGUGACAGGUGACAGCAAAAUUAAGGCGAACGGGUGAAUUAAGGUGAACGGGUGAAUACUUAUUUGAUGAGUUGUAUUUGGUUAAGUAGCGGGAUGUGUAAAUAUUUAAGUUCUUGUAAAUGUUUAUAUUGUAUUAACGACUAAUUAUAGAGAUGUUUUUUGUUCUUUUUGAGUAAUUUAGAUAGGUACUAAUGUACUUAGUAUCUAAUUAUUUUAUAAAUACCUAUUGAUAAUAAUUUUUGUAACUAGGUACACAUUGAAAAAUAGAAAAAAUGUUGCCACUAUACUUAUGUAAUCAGUCCUUAUUUCACUUAUCUUUUUACAAAUAUCUUGGCGAAAUAAUUAAAGUUCCUAUAUUGCAUUCAAACAGUGGAAUCUUUUUAGUACCUAUUGUACUAUUAUUGUUUGAUUAAGGUACACUUUUUAUUGGUGUACAUAUCAUGAAUUAUCUGAAAAAUAAAGGUGCUUCAAAACAUCAAUUAAUAUCUGUUCGAAAAUCUUCAACUGCCUCUAAAAGGUCAUUAAACAUAAUAUCUUUGAUAAUAUGAUUCCAGUAGAGCAUAAUAUUGAGAUCCAUAUAAUUUUCACCUUCUCUUCUUAAAAAACAAAACACUUCUCUCAGCUUUUUUAAGGUUACAUAUUGUUAUUUUCGUUCUCAUUCUCAAUUUCUCUUACAUACUACCAAUAGAAAUUGUUACUCACUUGAGGAGUGACAUUUCUCUCAAAGAUUAAGAGAUUUUUUUUCAAGAAUACAGCAUUUUCGGUUUUAGUAAGCCACGCCUACUUUUACGUCACUUUCUCUUACCAUUUCUACUCCCUGAAAUUCAAGAAUAAAGACCCGUGUCUGACUCGACGAUCGCUCCCUCUUUUUUGUCCGACAAAAAUAAUUUAUUUUAUUUUAACGUAUGUAUAAAAUUAAAAUUAAACUUAAAUUGUUAAAAUGUUUAAAAUUAAAAAUUAUAGUUUUGCAAUAACAAAACAUAACUGCGCUAGAGCUGUAAAUUUAGGUGUUGUGCGUGCGGAAACGCUCACCUGCACCUUGAAAAUUUUCAGAACGAAGUAGUUGAAACCAUUUUAAAGACUUGUGUACUGAACAAUUUCUCUAUGAAGGACUUUAUUUUUGUCAUAAUUGCUCAUUAACAGUGAUAUUGAAUGCUGUAAAAGCAUUCAAAAUAUUUUAGAUAUCUAACGCUUUUAAAAGACGGUAUUAAACAAGAUAAAAUAACAUUGACAUAUAUUUUACAUACGAGGGCGGUCUGAUAAGUACUUUUAGCUCGAUAACACUUGACUCAGUGAUGCUCAAGCUUAUUUAACCCGUCUGAAAAAUACGUUUUCUCGAAGUCUGCAAAGUACACAUCGACGUUUUGAAAUCUGGAAA